GCGAGCGGCGGGCGGGGGCAGCGCGGUCGCUGCCGCCGGGGCGCAGCUGCCCGCCCGCCGCCGGGCGCUCUGUGCGCGCACGGGCCGCGCUCCUGCCUGCCCGCGCCCACACACACACGGACACGCACACAGACAGACAGACGGACAGACGGACAGAGACACGCGCACACACACACGCACACGCCCGGCCGCCGUGCGCUGCGCAUCCCGCGCCGCCGGUGCUGCCCGCCCGCCCCGCCGGGACGCGCUGCUGGCGCUCUCCCGCAGUUUAUCCGCCCAGGUGGCUGCGCCCCGCGGCACUCCCCGCUCGGCACGGCCCUGCGUGUGUUGCCAGCCGGCGUCCCGCGGGCGCGGAGCCGAUGGCGCUGGGAGGGAGGAUGCGCCUGAGCCGCGUCUGCUGCGUGUUCUACCAGCUGUGCGUGCUGUCAAGCGGGCUCGGCGCAGGUCUCCAUGCUUCCGAAGAGACUGAGGAGUGGGAGAUCGUCUUCCCUGCACUGUGGAGCCCGGGCCAGCAGGAGCCGACAGGUGGCAGUGGUGGUGGUGGGGGUUGCAACGUCGACCCCAGUAGUGGGAACCGAAGCAGCACUUUCAGUGCCCCAGUCACACCCAGCCCAGCGGCUGGCAGUUCCCGAGAGGUGCGUUCAGUCUCCUCGGUGGAUGGGCAGGCACAGGCUGUAGGGGAGGCAGCAGAGGAAGAGGACACUGAGGAUGAGUAUGAGUCUCAGGAGUUUUACCACUGGUUCCCUCUGCCCCAGGGGUCUGGUGCUGCCUCUCAGUUGCCAACACCACCAUCCCCCCCCUCACCCCCUCCAGCAGAGGAUGGAGAGGAGGUGCUGCUGAGGAUCCCAGCUUUUGCUCGGGAGCUCUACCUGCUGCUCAAGAGGGACAGCCGCUUCCUGGCUCCUGGCUUUGCUGUGGAAGAGCGGCUUAGGGGUGAGGGCAAAAGCCCACCCAGUGCUGCACAGUCGCAACCUGAGAGAGCUUGUUACUACAGUGGUGCUGUCCUCCGCUACCCGGGAUCCUUCGCCUCCUUCAGUACCUGUGGUGGACUGAUGGGGUUUAUACAGAUUAAUGAGGACUUCAUAUUUAUUGAGCCGCUGAAUCGCACUUUGACUGUGACAGGACACGCACACAGGGUGUACAGACGAAAGAGGUCCAUAGAGGAGAAAAUUUCUGAAAAGCAGCCUUCUCAGAAUCAGUACUGUGGUGUUGUUACAGAUAAAAGAAAAUCCAAGACCCAAAAAGUGUCAGAAAGUGGAAGAGGAAAGCGAUACUCUUACAAGUUACCUCAGGAGUACAACAUAGAAACUGUUGUGGUGGCAGAUCCAGCUAUGGUUUCAUAUCACGGAACAGAUGCUGCCAGAAGAUUUAUUCUAACCAUCCUAAACAUGGUUUUUAAUCUUUUCCAACACAAGAGUCUAGGAUUACAAGUAAACCUUCGGGUGACUAAACUUGUUCUUCUUCAUGAGACUCCAGCAGAUAUGUAUAUUGGACAUCAUGGUGAAAAAAUGCUGGAAAGCUUUUGUAAAUGGCAACAUGAAGAAUUUGGCAAGAAGAAUGAUAUACACUUAGAAAUGUCAACAAGCUGGGGAGAAGACAUGACUUCAGUUGAUGCAGCCAUACUGAUCACAAGGAAGGAUUUCUGUGUACAUAAGGAUGAACCAUGUGAUACUGUUGGUAUAGCAUACCUGAGUGGAAUGUGCAGUGAAAAACGAAAAUGUAUAAUUGCAGAGGAUAAUGGUCUGAAUCUGGCUUUUACAAUUGCCCAUGAAAUGGGUCACAACAUGGGGAUAAACCACGACAAUGACCACCCAUCCUGUGCAGAUGGUGUCCACAUCAUGUCUGGGGAAUGGAUUAAAGGACAGAAUCUUGGGGAUGUUUCAUGGUCUCAGUGCAGCAGGGAAGAUCUGGAAAGAUUUCUCAGGUCAAAGGCCAGUAACUGUCUGGUGCAGACGAAUCCUCAGAGCCUCAAUUCUGUGAUUAUCCCCUCUAAGCUCCCAGGAAUGACAUACACUGCAGAUGAGCAGUGUCAGAUUCUUUUUGGACCAACUGCUUCCUUUUGCCAAGAAAUGCAGCACGUCAUUUGCACUGGGUUGUGGUGUAAGGUGGAAAGUGAGAAGGAAUGCAAAACUAAACUGGAUCCACCAAUGGAUGGAACAGACUGUGACACUGGAAAGUGGUGUAAGGCUGGAGAGUGCAUCAACCGUACCUCUUUCGCGGAGCACGUGGAGGGGGAGUGGAGCGCCUGGAGCACUUGCAGCCGUACUUGCAACACUGGAAUCAGCAGUCGACAGCGCAAAUGCCCUGGUUCAGGCCUUGAAGGAGAGUGUCAUGGGCCCACAACGCAGUAUAGGGUAUGUGAAAAUCCUUCUUGUCCUGCUGGCGUGCCUGCCUUCAGGGACUGGCAGUGUCAAGCUUUCAGUGUCAGAUCUUCAUACCAGAAGCAUGUGCACCAGUGGCAAGCUGUCAUUGAUGAUGAAAAGCCAUGUGCUUUAUUCUGUUCACCGGCUGGGAAGGAUCAGCCUGUUCUUCUGACAGAAAAGGUGAUGGACGGGACUUCCUGUGGCCAGCAUGGGCUAGAUGUCUGUGCGGAUGGGAGGUGCCAGAAAUUUGGCUGUGAUGGUAUAUUAGGAUCUCUAGCUCGUGAAGAUCAUUGUGGUAUAUGCAAUGGUAAUGGAAAGUCAUGCAAAGUUAUUAAAGGUGAUUUUAACCAUACCAGAGGAGCAGGUUAUGUGGAAGCAUUGGUGAUACCUGCAGGAGCAAGGAGAAUCAAAGUUGUGGAAGAAAAACCAGCUCACAGUUAUUUAGCUCUUAGAGAUGCUGGAAAACAGUCAAUCAAUAGUGAUUGGAAGAUUGAGCAUUCUGGAACAUUCAAUAUUGCUGGGACGACAGUCCAUUAUGUUCGGAGAGGUCUCUGGGAGAAAAUAUCAGCCAAAGGUCCUACAACAUCACCUUUACAUUUACUGGUGCUGCUCUUCCACGACCAGAGCUAUGGUUUACACUAUGAAUACACAAUCCCACUGGAUCCUCUCCCUGAAAAUCAGAGCUCUAAGGUACCUGAGCCCCUUUUCAUGUGGACACAUUCUACCUGGGAAGACUGUGAUGCAGUAUGUGGAGGAGGUGAAAGAAAGACAACAGUCUCUUGCACAAAGAUUAUGAACAAGAACAUCAGUCUUGUGGACAACAAGAAGUGCAAAUAUUUAACAAAACCAGAACCACAGAUCCGCAAGUGCAAUGAACAGCCCUGCCAGACAAGAUGGAUGAUGACAGAAUGGACACCAUGUUCAAGGACAUGUGGAAAAGGAACCCAGAACAGACAAGUAGCCUGCACACAGCAGCUCAGAAAUGGGACCCUGAUCAGAGCUAGGGAGAGGGAUUGUCUGGGGCCAAAGCCUGCUUCUGCCCAGCGCUGUGAAGGCCAGGACUGCAUGACGGUGUGGGAGGCAGGAGUCUGGUCCGAGUGCUCUGUAAAGUGUGGUAAGGGAGUACGGCAUCGGACUGUGAGGUGCACCAAUCCACGCAAGAAAUGCGUUUUGUCCACCAGACCCAAAGAGGCUGAGGACUGUGAGGACUAUUCCAAAUGCUAUGUCUGGAGAAUGGGAGACUGGUCUAAGUGCUCCGUCACCUGUGGCAAAGGAAUGCAGUCUCGAGUCAUCCAGUGCAUGCACAAGAUCACGGGAAGGCAUGGCAAUGAAUGCUUUUCUUCAGAAAAGCCGGCAGCUUACAGACCCUGUCAUCUCCAUCCCUGCAAUGAGAAAAUUAAUGUUAACACGAUAACAUCACCCAGAUUAGCUGCUUUAACAUUCAAGUGCCUAGGAGACCAGUGGCCUGUGUACUGCAGAGUGAUAAGAGAGAAGAACCUCUGUCAAGACAUGAGGUGGUAUCAGCGAUGCUGUGAGACGUGCAGGGACUUUUAUGCGCAAAAAAUGCAACAAAAGAGUUGACCUCUGUCAGGCUGGCUGGCUCUCAGCUCUUUGCAAUCUUAUUAUUUAUAAACACACACACUCACACAGGCUUCUUCAGACCAAAUAUUAUCAGAUGACGUAUAAUUUAAUCAAAUUAAUUUAUUUUUGCCUGCCAGACAUCAUUAAUGGUUUUGGCUAGACAGCCAACAUGUUUUAUCUUCUGACAUUUUCAUAAUUAAUUUUUAUAUGAACACUUUUGGAUACAUUUAUCAGAAUUUUAAAAAAAUAGUAACUAGUAUUUUAAAUGUUUAUUUUCAUUAAGGUCAUCUGUUGCAAAAAAAAAAAAAGACAUUAUCUUGAAUUUAUUUUAAUUUAGCUGAAUAGUUUUGUUGUAUAUGGAAAUAAAGACCUUUUUAAUUUUAUUAUAUUUUUGACAUUUGGAGUCAGAAUGAUCUUGUGUUUUUUGCAACAGAUGUCAAAGUGAACAAGCUAACAUUAUUAAACAGGUUAUUACAGAAUGUAUUGUGAAAUUAGUUCAUUUGAUUUAGAAACAUACUGAAGGGGAUAUUCUACUGUAACUUAUAUUAUAAACAAGAAAAUUAAAAUAGCUAAGUAGAGAUUUUGAUCAUUCUCAUGGACACAUACUUGAACACAAGUAUUAAAUCAAUGAAACACUGUAGAGAUUUACACUGAAUCACUGUUGCACUGUUUGAGGUAGUGUAGAGAAAUGCAGUCCUAGAACUUGUACCAUCCUAUGAAUCCACGUUCUGUAGUGUUUUAACGUGUCACUUAAUUUUUAAAGUUUUGAAACAAAAAACCCAUGCCCCUCUAUACCUUUGUGUGUCCUUUUGCAGAUUUACAAAUGGAAGGGUCCUUUCUCCUGCCACUUGUAUGAAUUAAUCUGUUAAACAUUCUCAGUUCUCUGCUGAUGAUUUAGAAAAUAGCUUUGUAAUACUACUUUAGUUUUAUCUUUGUCUAAUGAGAAAGUCUUUAUAAAAAUUAAAUGUUUUACGGUUUUGUGAAACAUUAUGAAACAGCUAAGAUUUUCCUUAUGAGAAAAUAUUGUACAUGAUUCACAUGAUUUUUACGUUUUCAAAUAAAAAGUAAAGCUCCUUUUGUUA